CUUAUGCUAACAAAACUUCCCAGUUCCCACCAUGCCAUUUUGCUUCCAGGGGUGCAAUUUGAGCUUUGCUCGGUGCUUUCCGUGAGCCGCCGAUAUGCCGCCGUCUGGUGAUGGGUUAUCCGAAGCCGAUGGCUGCUGCUCAUGCUGUUCUAGUGAGUGUAAUUGUUUACUCCACGAUGGCGGUGGAUCCAGCGAUGUACAGUGUCCUAAUUCUAGAAGAUCCGGUCUUUCUCCGUCGUCCCCGAGCUCUUCGUCCUUGUUAAGUUUCGAUUCGAUUCCAUUGAAUGAUCGGGAGAAGCUGAGGAGAAUUAUUCUUGCCUCGGCCAAGGGCUUCACGAUAGGAGCUGGUCUCAAGGGAGGUCUUGCUCUGUUCUCCAUCUUAGCUCGACUGCGACGAAGAAAGACACUAAACUCCCUGAGGAAGGAUGCUGUGGUAACAAACAGAGAGGCAAUUGUUUUGGCUUUAAAGGAAACAUUGAGAUACGGCUUUUUUCUUGGAACCUUUGCAGGAACAUUUGCGUCCGUGGAUGAGAUUAUAGUUGCUCUGGGAGGUCACCGUAGGACAGCAAGGUGGAGGGCUCUAUUGGCAGGGGCGAUUGCUGGACCAUCCAUGCUUCUGACUGGCCUAGGGUCACAACAUACAAGCUUGGCCAUUUACAUACUCAUGCGUGCUGCUGUCUUGGCAUCUCGAUGUGGGAUUAAGAGCGAACGGUUUGGGGGAAUAUGUAAACCUCUUACAUGGAAGCAUGGUGACAUAUUUCUGAUGUGUCUCUCCUCUUCACAGAUAUUGUCUUCUUACAUACUAAACCAAGAGAGUUUGCCUUCUUCAUACAAGUCCUUUCUCAAUAAACAUGGUGGAAAGGAUGUUGUUAUUCUACGAGGUGUAAAAGAGUUAGCAAGUGGCCUGCCUUUUACUAAUUUGGAAGCAAUAGAGAAACACUACAGGGCAAUGGGUGCUGAUGUGCACCUUGAUCCACAAAUGAAAAUCCCCUGCUCGAUUGUUCACGGGAAUCAGUCGUGUGCUGAGCAUGUUUUUUCUUUUCUCAUCCAAGCCUACAAAAGAGCAUUACCCGUUUACCUGCCAGUUUAUCUGAUCCCUGCUCUAUUAGUUCACAGACAAGGACUUUUGAAAAGGCCCAACACAAUAUUAGCCAAAGGUCUGUUUGGCACUACAAGAUCAAGCUUGUUUCUGUCUGUGUAUUGCUCUACUGCCUGGAUGUGGACGUGCUUGCUCUUUAGGAUAUUUAAAAGAUGCAACAUCCCAAUGGUGGUCAUGGGAACGUUCCCAGCCGGGCUGGCAUUAGCCAUUGAGAAGAAAAGCAGGCGAAUAGAGAUAGCAUUGUACUGCCUAGCACGGGCUAUCGAGAGCUUCUUCACAUGCAUGGCUGAUGCCGGAUACGUGCCGCGUUCAAGAAAGAUCAAGAGAGCUGACGUGGUGGUGUUCAGCUUGUCAACAGCCAUCAUAAUGCAUUGCUAUGCACAAGAAAGGGAAGUGUUUAGGUCCAAAUAUUUAAACGUCCUUGAUUGGGUGUUUGGUGUGCCUCCUCCUCCAGGGGAAAGUCCCCGCUGCACGGACUACAGAAAAGCCAGCGUUGGCCCAUUGGGGUAACUUUUUCCCGCAGUCUGAUCCUGAAUUUGAAAGCAACCUGAAAAGCCAACAGUAACACAAUUGACGUUACCAUUGAAUUCUUUCUUUGGGGGCUGGGCGGAAAAGAUACUUGAAUGUAGCGCGGUGGUGUCGCUGUAGGAUUUAGUUAUUUAACACACAGCCCUUAAGAAAAUAGUGUGAUUGUUCUCGUGGAGGACCGCUUCAUUCCACCUCAGUUAUUCGAGUCUUAGUGGUGCAACGGCGAGGAUAUAUUCUGAUUCUCUGGAUGCAAUGGACCUGAUCUAUAGUGGUGCAAGUCAGCCUAUCCGUUUAUUGAGGACAUACUAGAAGUGAGAGACCUUUUCUUUGUUCACCCUGAUUAUAGGUUAAUAUGCUCCACGUGAAGAGUUGACAUGUGCAGACCAAUUGGCCAAACUUCAGAAAAUUCCGCCAACGAGAUGGCUUUCCUUCAUGACAUCUCUCCUGGCUUAGGCUAGCCUUACUGAAGGGGGGGGGGGGGGGGAAGGAAAAAAGGAAAUUCAAAGCGUCUUGUCGCUGACACUAAUUCUAUUUGAUUGGUGUUACCUUUGCUAGUGUUAGACUAAAUUAUUUGCUUGUUGAUUGAAGAAAUACAACAUGACAAUCAAUAAAAAUGUAUAUGAUAUAUCA